GGCUCCUAAUAUUAUUUGCAAAAGAAAAAGCGCAGAGAGAGUAUACAAAUGGAAGCUGAUCGUCCGACGAUCGGAGAGUACAAGCUUACGUGUAAGCUCGGCGGCGGCUCAUCGUCGACGGUGUGGAAAGCCGAGCAGCGGACGACCGGAAAAGUGGUGGCACUGAAGCAAAUCGACCUCCUCAGGCUCACUCGCCAACUCAAGAAUUGCUUGGACUGUGAACUCAGCUUCUUGUCUUCUGUUGAACAUCCAAAUAUCAUUCGCCUAUUCGAUUUCUUUCAGGCUGAAAAUUCUAUUUUCCUUGUCUUGGAGUUUUGUGCUGGAGGGGAUCUGGCUGCUUAUAUUCGGAAUCAUGGCAGAGUUCAAGAAGGUGUAGCUAGAAAAUUUGUGAAACAGAUUGGAGCUGGCCUAGAGGUACUGAGAAUGCACCAAAUCAUCCACCGUGACUUGAAGCCAGAGAACAUUCUUUUAUCAACCAUGGAGAAUGACCCGAUUCUUAAGAUUGCUGAUUUUGGUCUCUCAAGAAUGUUAAAUCCGAAUGACCUUGCAGAAACAGUUUGUGGGUCUCCUUUUUACAUGGCUCCAGAAAUUCUACAAUUUAAAAAAUAUGAUGACAAGGUUGAUAUGUGGAGUCUGGGUGCAAUUCUUUUUGAACUACUUAAUGGUUACCCUCCCUUCCGCGGUAGAAGUAAUGUUCGGAUACUGCAGAAUAUCAAGGCAUCUCUACGUCUUCCUUUCUCUGAGCUGAUUCUUCCUCAGUUGCACCCGGGUUGUGUUGACUUGUGCUCAAGAUUAUUGUCUAUUGAUCCAGAGAAACGGAUCUCUUUUAAAGAGUUUUGUCAACAUGACUUUUUGAAGAUAGACGAAAGGGAGAGAUGAGAGGUUCUGUUAGAGGUCAAAAACAACUGGAUAUCUCACUGAGCAGAAGUGCUCACCAGUUUAAUCAUCAAUGUAUAAAAGUGGAUUCCGUUUUUCCAUUAUCACCUUAGUGAGAUCAGCUUCUCUUUUUUCCUGCUGAUUACUCCAGGCUAGUCACCAGUCGAUCAGUUUUGAAUCAUGUAAAGGACAGAAAUCAACACUAUCCCUUUUGCUUCAUUUGUCUGUAAAUUCUCAUGUACAACCUGAUAACAAUUGUACAUCCUAGUUCUCUUUCCACAGACGAUUAAGUCAGGUUUUACCCUUCUAAUAACUAGCUUCAGUAGCUUCGAAUCCUAAACUACUUACAGUCUCAUGCUUUCAAUACUUUCAUCUUUGGCCAUCAGAAUUAAAGGACAAAUAAAUGGCUUUCUCCAAAUUCUUCAAAUUGAUCAUAUCAAGCUGGGAAAAUUUCUUCAGUACAACCAGCGGCCGUGUCAUUUGUCUCCAAAACCAUCUAAAUUCUCCUUCCUCAAAAAUUUUCAUCAUUCCUUGAUUAAAUGGAAUUUAUGAAAUUCCUUCAACUCUUGGGCAGCUGUAAUUUGCUGAAACAUUUAAAGUGCUCAGUGCACUAGUCCCCUUAUCCAAUAUGAAACUUGUUCUUCCAUUUUUUUUCUCCAAAAUCAGAAAAUGAAGUCUUUAAGAAGGUUGGCUACACUUUGACUUGAAAUGCAACAAAAGGUUCUCUUUCUGGAUGUUGAGCAUGAAAAUUGAGCAUCUUGCAGCAUCAUUUACUUCAAUUUGGCUGGGGAGUGUGGAGUGAGAACAGUGCUUUUUAUAUUGGGUUUCUGUGUAUUGACUUAUAUACUGCCUUGAAUGGAUGAUCGGAUGAAUCCUAAUCCAAUCGUCUCCCUACUUGUGGGACUCUGUAAGACACUGCUGUGAACUAAGAGAGAAGUUUUACCCAAAGGGUGGAAGUCACUUCUUUUAUCAUAUGGUUUCCAUUUCACUUCUCCAUGAGUUCAAGGGGUUCAUGGUGCUAGGGAAACCAAUUCAGCGAAACUGAUGCCAACCUGUAAAAGGUAUUUGUAAUCUUCUGCUCUUCAAGUUGGAGCUCAACAACAAUCUCCAAAUGCAGUCGAAGGGGCAUUUCAAGUUGGCAUAUGGCUCUGCCACCACACCUAAGAAGAGUAUCAUCAUAUGAUCCCUCCAGUCGUCUGGAUGUAUACCUUGAGUUUAUGUGGUUUUACUAUUAGAAGGUGUCACAGACAUCCCAUUUCUUGAGUCUCCAGUCGUUUGUUAGUUUUUUUUAUGCCAAGUGAAAGAGUUUCUAAUUAUGUACUAUAUGUCAGUUGCUUGUACAGGAGUAUUUGUAUGCAUUGGCAUGUCUUAGGGAUGUUAAUGCAUCUUAUAUGAAUCAACUUUUCUUAUCAAGGUAGUUAAAUGUUGAA